AUGGCUGACGAGACUGCACUCCGCGACUUCCCUUCGCUCUUCUCCCUCGAGGGCAAAGUCGCCAUCGUGACGGGCGGUUCGCGAGGCCUGGGACUCAAUGCUGCUUCGGCCUUCCUCCAAGCCGGCUGCGCCAAAGUCUUCAUAACAUCUCGAAAGGCAAGCGCCUGCGAGGCCGCCGUCGCCCAGCUCAACGCCCUCCCCAACCUCCGCCCCGGCGCGCUCGCCAUCUCCGUGCCCGCUGACAGCAGCACAGCCGCGGGCAUCGAUUCGCUCGUAUCCCAGGUCGCCAAGCAAACCCCCCACGUCGACAUCCUCUUCGCCAACGCGGGCGCGACGUGGGGCGAAGCCUUCGACACGCACCCGGACGCCGCCUUCUCCAAGGUCAUGGACCUCAAUGUCAAAGCCGUGUUCCUAUCGGUACAGAAAUUCGCGCCGCUCCUACAAGCCCGCGCCAGCCUCGACGACCCCAGCCGCGUCAUCAUCACGGCCAGCGUGGCCGGGCUGGGCGUUGGGACCUUGGGCCGGCAGGCGACGUUCGGGUACAGCGCCAGCAAGGCGGCGGUACUGCAUUUGGGGCGUAACCUGGCGGUCGAGCUGGCGCCGCGCCAUAUUUUGGUGAACUCCAUCUGUCCCGGCUUCUUUCCGACCAAGAUGGCGAGCGGGCUGCUGGAGCUGACGGGCGGGCUGGAGAAGCAUAGCCGCAGCAACCCGGCGGGGCGGCUGGGGAGGCCGGAGGAUAUCGCGGGCGUGGUGGUUUAUCUGGCGAGUCGCGCCGGGGCGCAUGUCAAUGGGGCGGCUAUUGAGAUUGAUGGCGGUGCGCUGUGGAGUACGGGGCAGUUGCUGGAUGCCGUGGAGCCGGAGACGAAGGCGAAGCUAUAG